AUGGCUGAACUUCUUCUUGGGGAGUCCAAACUGGAACAAUUUUUGAAGGAAAACACUCUUAAACAAAGUAGUAGUCCACUGGGUCCCCGGCCAAAGCUGACUGAGGUCAGGAAACAUCUCACCGCAGCACUUGAUAGGGGAAACCUAAAGCCAGAAUUCUUACAAGAAGCUAACCUAAUUAUGGCCAAGUUAAACUAUGUGGAAGGUGAUUACAAGGAAGCUCUGAACACAUAUGCCAGAGUAGGAGUUGAUGAUUUGCAGCUAGCUGCAGUGCCACCAUAUAGGCUACGGAUGAUUGCUGAAGCAUAUUCUACUAAAGGCCUCUGUCUUGAGAAGUUGCCAAUUUCUUCUUCAGCUAGCAACCUCCAUAUGGACCGUGAACAAGAAAUUGUUACAUGCUAUGAGAAGGCUGGGGAUAUUGCUCUUCUGUACCUUCAGGAGAUAGAAAGGGUAAUUAAUGCAAAUAUACAAAACAGAAGCCCUAAGCCAGGGCCCACUGCACAUGAACAAGAACUUGGUUUUUUCUUGGAAACAGGACUUCAGAGAGCACAUGUUUUGUAUUUCAAGAAUGGGAACUUGACGAGAGGAGUUGGUAGAUUUAGAGAGUUACUAAGAGCUGUCGAAACAAGAACUACACAAAAUCUGCGAAUGACAAUAGCAAGGCAACUGGCUGAAAUAUUGUUACGAGGCAUGUGUGAACAGAGUUAUUGGAACCCACUGGAAGAUCCUCCUCACCAAUCACCCCUAGAUGAUCCUCUUCGAAAAGGUUCAAAUACUAAGAAUUACGCACUCAGUAGAAGACCGCGGGUAUACACUGGAGAAAACAUCUUUUGUCCUCAAGAAAAUACAGAAGAAGCCUUACUGUUGCUGCUUAUUAGUGAAUCUAUGGCUAACCGUGAUGCUGUGCUGAGCAGAAUACCAGAACACAAAAAUGAUCGUAUCAUCAGUUUGCAAAGUGCAUCUGUAGUCUACGAUUUGCUUACUAUAGCCUUGGGAAGAAGAGGCCAAUAUGAAAUGCUCUCAGAGUGUUUAGAAAGAGCCAUGAAGUUUGCGUUUGAAGAGUUCCAUCUCUGGUAUCAAUUUGCAUUGUCCUUGAUGGCAGCAGGAAAAUCUGCUCGAGCUGUUAAAGUCUUGAAGGAAUGUAUACGUUUGAAACCAGAUGAUGCAACUAUUCCACUCCUUGCUGCAAAGCUCUGUAUGGGAUCUCUCCACUGGUUGGAAGAAGCUGAAAGAUUUGCCAAAACAGUAGUUGAUCUUGGGGACAAAACAUCAGAGUUCAAAGCAAAAGGCUACUUGGCACUGGGAUUGACUUACAGUCUGCAGGCUACUGAUGCAUCUUUGCGAGGGAUGCAAGAGGUCUUGCAGAGAAAGGCUCUUCUUGCAUUUCAAAGGGCUCACAGUUUGUCUCCAACAGAUCAUCUGGCAGCAUUUUACUUGGCACUGCAGCUUGCCAUAUCCAGACAGAUACCAGAAGCUUUGGGUUAUGUUCGUCAGGCUCUGCAACUACAGGGAGAUGAUGCCAACUCUCUUCAUCUCCUUGCGCUCUUGCUAUCAGCCCAGAAACACUAUCAUGAUGCUUUGAAUAUCAUUGAUAUGGCCUUGAGUGAAUAUCCAGAAAAUUUUAUAUUACUGUUUACAAAAGUCAAACUGGAGUCCCUGUGCAGAGGCCCAGAUGAAGCACUCCUAACCUGUAAACACAUGCUCCAGAUUUGGAAAUCCUGCUACAAUCUCACUAACCCAAGUGAUUCCGGACGUGGGAGCAGCCUGUUAGACAGAGCUAUUGCUGACAGACGACAGCUUAAUACAAUUACAUUACCAGAUUUCAGUGAUCCUGAAACAG